UCCCGCCGUCCCGCCAAAUCUUUUUAAUGUGAUGUGGUGAACUGGUGAUGGAUGGUUGGUGUCUGGUGUUUGCCAAGCCAAGUUGUUGUGUGUAUGAGUGAUGGUGAUGGAAUACCUUGUUGAAACGAACUUUAAUUAACAAUAAAUUGUGUGACAGAGUGUAUCUCUAUCCUAUAAGUAAAACAACAGAAUAACGAGGGUUUAUACGUUCAAACUGUAUACAGAAAAUUUGACAUCCCGUUGUUAAUAGAAAAUGGAUGGUGCAGACUCUGGAGGAAGGUCAAAAAGAUCAAGAGCAAGUAAAGCGGCCGACAAAUUUGAAAAGCUUAAGCAGUUAAAAGGGAGCAAACAUAAAUAUGAGUUGCAAGAAGUUGAAAAUGUUUAUGAGGAGGUUGAUGAAGAAACUUAUGCUGAAAAAGUUCUUGAGAGGAAAGAUGAUGACUGGAUUGUAGAUGAUGAUGGUGCUGGAUAUGUGGAAGAUGGAAGAGAAAUAUUUGAUGACGAUUUGGAUGAUGAGUCAAUAUCUCGCAGCAAAAAAACACAAGGUGAAAGUAGGAAGAGGGGAAGGUCCAAAGUUGAGAGAGCGGAACUUUCAAAACCUGUUGGAGGAAAUAUCAGGACUAUGUUUGCUAAUAUGCCAGCCAAGAGAAGAAAAGAAUGUGCUGUAAAAUUAGAAGAUGAUGACAUCCUUGGAGAUCUGAUUCAAGAACUUGAUUCCAAGAAAGAUUCAACUCCUGGACCAAGGCCUUCUCCUCUUUCAGUGAAGCAGGAGGUUUCAACCAAGGACUACUUGAAGUCGUUCUCCACUGUAGCUCCAAAGCCAAAGCCUGUACGGGUCUCGUCUGGACCCAAAGUAAAACAUCACCUGGGAUAUGUUAAAGAGGGGCUGCCCCAAAAUGGCCACGAAGAUACCCCUCUUAUUGAUGACAAUUUUACUGAGGACCAUGAGCCAAUUGUUAUGGAUGUUGAGCCUUUACUGGAAAUCAAGAAAGAGCCUGAAGACAUUCCUCUAAUCGAGGAUUUGGAUUCCAAUGAUGGAUUUUCUGAUGUGGCUCUUCAGCAGAUGGAUAAGCAAAUUGAAGAGUUUGAGACCCAAGAAUUUGAUCAAAAUGUAGUUGUGAAACAGGAAGUUGAAGAAGACUUCAAAAUACAAGCAAAAGACAUAAGUGUUAAGCUAUCAAAUGGAGCUUUAUGGGAUGAGAUGGAAAGCUCAGUGAAGUGUCCUGAGUCUGCUACUGCUGUCAAUGUAGACCCGAGUCAACUGCCUCUCACAACCAAUGAUAAUGGAGAAAAGGUUUUCCGGUUCUUCUACUGGGAUGCAUAUGAGGACAUAUACAAACAGCCUGGUACAGUGUACUUGUUUGGGAAAGUCCUGAUUCCAACUGCAAAUGUCCAUGUUAGUUGCUGUGUUAUCAUGAAAGAUAUUGAGCGAACUAUUCAGCUGCUGCCGAGAGAACAGUUCAUUGACUUGAAGACUGGAAAGCCAACCGGAAAACUUGUUACCAUAGAAGAUGUCUACAAUGAGUGGAAUGACAAAAUCUCUGUGAAGUAUAAAAUCGACCCGUUCAAAUAUUUGCCCGUUGAAAAACAUUAUGCUUUUGAAUUGGAUGAUAUUCCAACGACCAGCCAAUAUCUUGAAGUAAAAUACUCGCCAACCAUGGCACAGUUACCAAAGGAUCUGACAGGAGAGACGAUUGCUCAUGUAUUUGGCACCAACUCCUCAUUUCUAGAGUUGCUUCUUUUGAAAAGGAAAAUCAAAGGUCCUUGUUGGUUGGACUUGGCAGAACCUACCUUAGCCACCAAUCCUGUCAGCUUUUGCAAAGUAGAGGUUGUAUGCCACGAGUCGUCACAACUGAAUGUGUGUGUGUCGCCUGCUCCACCCCCACCGCUCACAUUAGCCUCUGUCAAUCUCCGUACAGACCUCAACCCUCACUCUCAUCAGCCAGAGAUCAUCAUGGCCUCUGUCACCACUCACCACAACUACUGUAUUGACAAGCAAGUCAAAAUGCCAUUCCAGGAACACUUCUUUGCACUUUCCCGGCCAUCAGGAACUGUUUUCCCCAUUGACCUUAAAGACAAGUUGAAGAAGGACCCUCGUCUCAAAGUAGAGCUUUGUAAUAAUGAGAGAGCUCUCUUGUGUUACCUGUUGGCCAAACUUGGCACAUUAGAUCCCGACCUUGUGGUGGGCCAUGGUCUGUUGUCAGGAGAUUUGGAUGUCUUAAUUCAUCGGCUAGCUCACCUUAAAAUUCCAAACUGGUCGAGGAUUGGACGAUUGAGGCGGGCCAACAUUCCACCUCCUGGAAAGGCGAGAUUCCAGGUUGAGAGAUAUCCCAUGUGUGGACGCUUGGUCUGUGAUGUCAAGGUUUCAGCUAAAGAGUUGAUCCGAGCCCGAAGUUACGACUUGGGAACUCUUUGCCAAUCUGUACUGAAAAUAAAAGAGGAAAGGUUGGAUCUGGCUCCAGAUGAAGUCAAAGGACACUACAGCUCUAGCAAAACCUUGUUGGAGGUUAUUUGGGCCACCAUGAUGGACUCUGUCUACAUUCUCAAACUAAUGUACGAAAUGAAUGUCAUCCCCUUGGCUCUUCAGAUAACUAACAUUGCAGGAAAUGUGAUGUCUCGAACACUCAUGGGAGGCAGAGCUGAAAGGAACGAGUUUCUGUUGCUCCAUGCCUUUACAGAAAAGGAUUAUAUCAUUCCUGAUAAACAGUAUGGCAAAAAGAAUCCUAAGGGAGAUGCACAUGAUGAAGAGACUGUAGUGGAUGCAGAACAGCCAAAAAAAGGUGGUCGCAAGAAACCAUCUUAUGCUGGAGGUUUGGUCCUGGAUCCCAAAGUAGGCUUCUAUGACAAACUGAUAUUGUUGAUGGACUUCAACUCUUUAUAUCCCAGUAUUAUACAUGAAUACAACAUCUGCUUCACCACAGUCAUCAAAGUUGUAACAGAGAGUGAAGAAGGCACAAUGAUAACUGCAGAACCUCCAGAUGCUGAUGAAGAACUUGGAAUCCUCCCAACAGAAAUAAGAAAAUUAGUUGAGAGUCGUAGAGAUGUCAAGAAAAUGAUGAAAGCUCCAGGCUUAUCCCCUGAUCUGAAAAUGCAGUAUGACAUCAGGCAGAUGGCUUUGAAGCUCACAGCCAACAGCAUGUACGGGUGUUUGGGAUUCUCAAAUUCCAGAUUCUAUGCUAAACCCAUUGCCGCUCUCAUCACUGCCAAGGGCAGAGAGAUACUAACCAACACUAGAGAUCUCGUCCAAAAGCUGAGUUAUGACGUGAUAUACGGCGACACUGAUUCCAUCAUGAUUAAUACCAACAUUCUUGAGUAUGACCAGGUGUUCAAAAUCGGUAACAAGAUUAAAGCUGAGGUGAACAAAAUGUACAAACAUGUGGAGCUUGACAUUGACGGAGUGUUCAAGUUCAUGUUGCUUCUGAAGAAGAAGAAAUACGCAGCAGUGUCAGUGACUCGGCUGCCCAGCGGAGAACUGGUGUGUACUGAGGAGAUGAAGGGGUUGGACAUGGUCAGGAGAGACUGGUCUCAGCUUGCAGCCGAGGCGGGCAAGUUUGUGCUGUCUCAGAUACUGUCAGACCAAGAGCCAGACGAGAGGAUACAAAACAUUCACCGUCAGCUGACCAAACUAAAAGAUGAUCUGGAGACAGGCAAGGUGCCUCUAGAACUGAUGACAAUCACCAAACAACUGACCAAGUCCCCUGACCAGUACAGUGACAAAAAGGGUCAGCCUCACGUCCAGGUGGCUCUCAGACUCAACGGUAGAGGAGCGAGACUGAAGGCUGGUGACACUGUUAACUAUGUCAUAUGUGAGGACGGCACUAACAACCCAGCCACUCAGCGAGCAUAUCAUGUAGACGAGCUGAAGAACUCAGAAAGUCUCAAGUUGGACAUUAGGUACUACUUGUCCCAGCAGAUACAGCCUGUCAUCUCUAGACUGAUAGAACCUAUAGAGGGUACAGACAGUGCUCAAGUGGCUGAGUGUCUUGGACUCGACCCUGCACAGUUCAAAGACAAAAUCAAAACUUAUGAAGAAGUUAAGACAGGGGAAAGUAUUAUUUUACAAGACCAAGAACGUUUUAAAAAUUGUGAAAAGUUCAUUUUUAAGUGUGUCAAUCCUGAGUGCUUGUGUGAGAAUGUAAUAGAAGGCCCUGUCAGGAAAACUGAGAGUGGAGAUGUUCUUGUAUUGGAGAGGUGUGUCAACCCAGAUUGUUCUGCUCAACCUACUCAAUAUUUGUCUCAUAUAAAGAACACUCUAACACUUACUAUGCGAGCCUUCAUCACCAAGUACUACCAGGGCUGGCUGAUCUGUGAAGACCCUGCCUGUAGCCAGAGGACCCGUCGGAUCCCACUGAGGUUUGAGAACUACUACCCCGUCUGCUCCCUCUGUGGCAAAAACAACAUGUACCGAGAAUACACAGAGAAGCAGCUGUACACUCAGCUGAGCUACUUGCAGCAUGUGUUUGACAUCUCUAAGCCACCACACAACACACUCAGAGUGAGUGUUGAGACAUUCAACAUGUACGCAACACUCAAGGAACACGUCAGUCGCACACUCAGCAUCAGCGGCUACUCUGUCAUCAAUCUCAGCAAACUCUUCUCUGGACUCUUCCCCAACCCAAUCCAAAUCAAACAAGAACCCGUGCAAGAUUGAGCAAUGUCAAGACAAUGCUAGAUAAAUACUCUUGUAUCAAACUUGAGUCACAGAAUCAGUUGACCUGUUAUAUAUUUUAUUUGUCAAUAGUAAAUAUCAAUCCUUUUGAAGGUUCGUGAAUCUGUUUAAAAAAAAAAACAUGAGAAGCUUGAGAAAAUAUCAAGUUUAUUGUUGGAAACUAAAAUAGUUGUAAAUAUGCUAACAACAUAAAAAAAUGUGUUUGUGCAUAGAAAUUAAAGCAUUACAAUACGUGAUUGGCAGGAGAUAUCAAUAGUGUCAGAAUCUUAAAUUUAUUAAAACACAACAAUGUGCCCUCAACAAAGUAAAGCCAUUCUCUGUAUGUAUGUUUUAGUGAAAGUUGUCGCCUAAAGAAAGUCUUUGUCACUCAAUUUAUUUAAAUUUUAGAUUUUCCCAGGAUUUUUGAAUGUUUUUAAACUAAGUCUUUUUACAGUAUUACUUAUGUGUUGUUUAAAAUUAAGCCUCAAAAAGACAUUUUUAGGGCUAAUUUUUUCAAAAAAUCCUGGGGGAGGACCCCAAGAACCCCCGGUUAGUAGGGCCCCACCAAAGUUUAUUGCCCAGGGUCCCGAAAAGCCUGGAUCUGCCACUGCUUAGGUGUUUGGAUUGAAACAUUUAAUGUAUAAUUAUUUUUAUAUAUCAUACCAAUAAUAAAAGUACCUAAUUAAUAACUAUAAAGUAAGGCAUUGUAUUAUAUUUUCUGUAAAUAGUUUUAAUAAAUUUACAU